UAAAUUAAUUGGUUUAUGUGAAAGAUAUAGCAUUUACAAAUGGCGGUAUAUAUACUGGGAUUUUUUUGUUUCUUCAUUUUUACUAGUAAUGGUGGUGAUCAGCAACUUAUAGCGGGACUGUGGGACUGCGGCGGACAUUCUGACACUGGGGGGGGAACUGACUUGGUGUCACUGACAUCCCCAGUGACAGCAAUACAGUGAUCAUGGAUAAAAAAAGCACUGACACUGUACUAGUGGCACUGGGCAGGAUGUGGUUAACAUGAGGGGCGAUCAAAGGGUUAACUAUGUGGCGGUGUCUGUGUGUUUCACUGUAAGCACACUGCUCUGGAUGGCUGUGCUGUGCACAGCUAUCCAGAGCAGUGUGCCCAAGCUGACA